UUUCUCCUGACCCGGGUGGGACCGCACCCCGCGGACUCAGAAGCGAGCGGCACCCCGGGAUCAUCCCACAGCAGAUCCAGUGGCCGCCAGUGUCAGGCUGGAGUUGCCUCCUUCGUGGAUGUUGGAUGUGGAAGCCCAGGAGCCCCCCAAGGGGAAAUGGUCGACGCCGCCCUUCGACCCGCGCUUCCCCAACCAGAACCAGAUCCGUAACUGCUACCAGAACUUCCUGGACUACCACCUCUGCCUCAAGACCAGGACCCGCCGCGGGAAGAGCACGCAGCCCUGCGAGUACUAUUUCCGCGUGUACCAUUCGCUGUGCCCCAUCAGCUGGGUGGAGAGCUGGAACGAGCAGAUCAAGAACGGGACUUUCGCCGGCAAAAUCUGACUGCCCGAGCGCGGCUUCCUCUGAAGAUGCAGUGACCCUGCAUCUUUUUGUCUCGCGGAGCCCCGGGUCUCAGUUAUCCACCCCUACCUCCCAGUGUCUAAGCCACGAAUAAUGCAGGUAGAUGCCUCGCGUUGACAGCUACGAGCCAGCCCAGGGUCCCCAGUUCUCAACACUGUCCCACCCAGAUGGCUCCAAGCCACCAGCCUUCGAGUUCCUUGUUGCCCUUGCUCUGGUCUCCACGUGUAUGAUGGGGUUCUCAGGCCCAGGCUUCGACCAGAGGACCCUCCACCACCACCGUUUCUUCCUGUCCUUGAGCUACCUUGGUGAACUCAUGACCCCAGGCCCCUGCUCCACCAGGAUGUCCCCCAGGUCCUGCCAGCUGGGAAGUGCCAGCAUGAACGCCUCCAACUUCGUGGAAGCCAGGGUCCCCUGCAGCUGAGGGACGCCAAGCAGACACACCUGCCCUCCCCAGCCAGCUCCUGUCUGUAUGGGCGAGAUGACUGAGAGCUCCCACGUCCCUAAGGCUGUCCUGACCCUCCAUGCUGUGACAAGGACAGGGAAUGGUCACUAUGGGCCUGGCAUCUCCCCUCCCCCACCACCCGGUGCUGCCCAGCUCAAGCCAGAAGCUGACUUUGGCCCCAAUGGGGACAUCAGGCAAGGUCUGGAGACAUUUUUGGUUGGGGCAGAGGCAUGCUCCUGGCAUCGAGUGGGUGGAGACCAGGGAAGCCGCUCAACAUCCUGCAAUGCAUGGGACAGGCCCUGCCUAGAAACACCAGCUCAGCAUGGCAGCAGUGCGGAGGCCAGGAAACCCCGAUCGCCAGUUUCUAACGCCCUCACCAUUUUUAUUUUUAUUUAUUUAUUUUUUUGAGACAGAGUUUCACUCUUGUCACCCAGGCUGGAGUACAAUGGUGCGAUCUCAGCUCACUGCAACCUCUGCCUCCCGGGUUCAAGUGAUUCUCCCGCCUCAGCCUCCUGAGUAGCUGGGAUUACAGGCAUGCGCCACCACACCCAGCUGAUUUUGUAUUUUUAGUAGAGACGGGGUUUCUCUGUGUUGGUCAGGCUGGUCUCAAACUCCUGACCUCAGGCAAUCUGCCCACCUCGGCCACCCAAAGUGCUGGGAUUACAGGCAUGAGCCACUGCACCCGGCUCACCACUAGUUUUUAGCCCUUUUUGUUGGGGGUGGGGUGGGGGCGGAGGAGAGGCGGAUACAGAAACUUGUGAGAAUGUGAUGAACGCUCUGAACUCUCUAUAAAAAACGUGCAUGUAAAUAUAUACUCUCAACAUUUAAAAGACUUCAGAAGGUUCCUGGAAAUUCCAGUGUCCACCCAUGAGUCCUCAGCUGAGACUCCCUGCUCCGCUGCCCUCUUUGUCUAAGAGCUGUGGCAACAGCACCUGAAUUUCAGAAACAAAAGGCCGGGUGCGGUGGCUCACACCUGUCAUCCUAGCACUUUGGGAGGCGGAAGCAGGAGGAUCGCUUGAGCUCAGGAGUUCGAGACUAGCCUUAGCAACACAGUGAGACACAAUUGCUACAAAAAGAUUUUAAAAUUAGUUUGACGGGGUGGCGUGUGCCUAUGGUCCCAGCUACUCGGGAGGCUGAGGCAGGAGAAUUGCUUCAAUCCAGGAGGUGGAGGUUGCAGUGAGCCGAGAUGGCGCCACUGCAUUCCAGCCUGGGCCACAGAGCGAGACCCUGUCUCAAAAAAAAAAAAAAAAAAAAAAAAAGGAAAGAAACGAACAGCAUGGCUUCAGUUCACUCAGAGACAAAUCCUUGGGGACUAGCACUGGAGCCAUCUCUCUGCCGUUUGAUGGCCUGGAGCUCUCUCCGUCCUUAUUUUUAACAUGAGAAAGAAAACAAACAGGGCUUAGCAGGAUUUGCAUUAUAAGAGGAAUUUUCUCCCUGCAAAAGAAAUAGAACAGGCCAUAUUAUCCAACGUAUCUAAUGAGUUUUAAAGUAAACAAGGUUUGACCUGUUCUCAACUGCCCCCUUGUCCCCGCCUCCCAGGGCCACCGCUGAGGUGCUCAUAUGGGUCUCGCUGUGGCCACUGCUCCCCUGUUGCUCCCUCUCCACCAGGGCCAAGGAGCGCUUCCUGAUACCUGCAGCCUGGCCUCGUCCACCUCCACAGUAGGCUUGUUCAAGGCUGGCAGAUGCGGAGGCGCACGUGGGGGGCCUGGAGCCAGCAGGUGACCUGUAGCUGCCAAGCUGCCCUGGGCGCGGUGGCCCAGUGAGAAAAGUGUCUGGGAGAAGCUGGAGGUACCUGAGAUCAGGGAUUGCUCACGGUCAGCCGCUGUUAUUUCCUUUUGCAAAACGAGACAGCAGGCAGAGCUAAGACGCCGUGGCAAAAUCCAGAUCCUGGAGCGGACCUGAAGAAACAAGAUUCAUCACCCUGGUCUCACACACGGCAAAGCCCAAGAUGCCACAGCUGAGGAAGGUCCUGUCAGCGCCGCCUCCCCUAGGCCCGGCUCUGGUGUCCUGGGCAGCCCCCACACCCUCACUCAGCCAGGCCCCCAGCAGUCUCUCUCCGUUUGGAGUGAGACGUGGGAGGGGCAUCUCAUUGAGAAGCGCGAGAAGGGAGAAGGGCCCUCAAGUCCCCACGUGGCCUUGGCAAGUCACUCUGCUUGCUAAACGAUGUUGACCUCGCCUGGAAAAUGGGAGGACCCGCUCCUAGGAGAGUAUGGGUCUGAAGGCAUUUUUACAAGCGCAGCCUGAGUGGGGAUGGGGCUCCAGCCUCAGUCCCCUAGUCCAUCACGCUCCCAAAUCCCUCUCCCCACAGCUCUCAGGGCCAAAGGCCUGGGUUGCCUCCUCCCCCUCUCACCAGCACA